AAAAGUCUUUUCUGUGUUUUCUAUCAUUUUCCAUUAAUUUUCCUCAACAAAUUCAAAGUGAAAAUUUGACAAAUUUUCGUUAACAAAAUGUGUGAACUACCCAAGAACUUUGUGACCUACGAUAUGGUGCACAAUCUACGCUACGACCAAAGCAAAAUAAAAAAGCCUCACGAUAUGCGACCCACAAAAUACUGGCCUGGUGCCCGUUUUAUGAUCGUCUGCAAGGAUGGAGAUUUGAAUACGGCAGCCUAUAGCGUGGCAGGAUUCAUGCAAGAGCCCUUCCAACUCUUCCCAUUGGCCACGGUGGCCGUGCAUCAGUCGAUACGCGACGAGUUCAUUGCGAUGGUCAGGAAUCGCUUCCGUCAGCUGAAGCCCCAUGUGGCCAAUCAUCCGAAUUACCAGAGAUCCCUCAAUCUACUGCAAGACGGCUGCAAUCCCGUCGACUAUGUGAUAGCCGAUGAGAAGGAUGCCCCGCCGUGUGCCAGUCCCAUUUUGGUAACGGGCGGCGUCACACAUUUAUAUUUCCCGAGCGGUGCCACGGGCGUCACAACGUUGCACACAUUCGAAACGAUACACGAGGCGGCGGAAAUCUUUGGCAAAGAGCAGCCGCACUUUGAUGCCGUUUAUUACUUUGACGAGGGCAUUGCCAGUGUCUAUACACUGGCCGAGCUGAUCAAGUGUGUGCAGAUCUAUGUGAACUGUUUGGAUGCCUGUCUGCUGGCCAUUAUGCCGUACUAUACCUCUAGGGUGCAGACGGUGCUGUACAAGAAUGGUUACCACUACGAGGUCCUCAAUAUCGGUAACAGUUGGAAGAUGAUUGUGUUUCCGUACAGUUCGACCAUCCUCAGGCCCUGCUGCUGUCCAUUGGGUUACUGUCGCUGCUAUGCCAAGCAUACGGUGUGCUGUCAGGAUCAUUUAAAUACUCAGUUCUGACGACAGAACUCCUACUUCCUCUGCUUUGAUGUCUGAGUAGUUUUGUGGGAACUGUGGCAACACAUGUAAGCCAUAAUUUUCGCGGUAGUUGGCUUUUGGAUUGCCACUACUCAGUUUUGCUUCCUCCUACAUUCCUCACUCCUUUUGCUUUGGCAAGCAGACUGUCGCCGACUCUUGGCUUUUAAUAAAACUUGCAGCUUGCCAAAAUAAAAAAAAAAACCCAAACUG